CAUACAAAGUAUGUCAUAAAUAUAUUAAAAAUGACCUUCUACGACAUACAAAAUUAUGUCGUGAAAAGUGUGAUGAUUUAUGACAUGCAAGAAAAUGUCGUAAAAUAUUAUAUACGGCAUACAAAGUAUGCUAUAAAUAUAUUCAAAUAACCUUUUACGGCAUGCAAAAUUAUGCCAUGGAAAGUAUGAUGAUUUAUGGCAUGAGAAAAAUGUCGUAAAAAAUUAUGUACGACAUACAAAGCAUGUAAUUAAUAUUUAAUUUAUUAGUUUUUACAACUUUACUUGCAUGCCGUAAAUAACGCUUAACUUUCCACAGCAUGUCAUAUAACAGCAUUUGUGUGCAUGCCGUGAAAGAGUUUUUAUGGCAUGCAUUGCAAACCAUAAAAAUUCAAUUUUGUUGUAGUGUGUAGGACCAAUUUGAGCUCUCCGAAAGGGGGCGCGAAAAAGUCGAGCUACAGGUAGGCCUGGACGCCGACUACUUCCGAGUGGAGGGUGACUAUGCAGUCUUCAUCCAGACAUAUUUGAUGCCGCUUCUGACUGGCAUUCAUGGAGACGAGGAGGCAAGAGCUCCUGUUGUGAGAGAAAGGCCUAGAGUGACCCGGGCGAGUAGGACUCGUGACAGAGGGGCUUCCUGGGCGAGGCAGAGGACUGAUUGGCCAGAGCUUCCUACCACGUUGACUUGCUGGCGGCACACUGGGGACGUCUACCAAGUUCUAAUUGAGCCUGCGGUGGCUGGUCACGAGCUUGUCGGGGUUCGAGGCUCGACUCAGGCAUCUAUCGAGUAUAUAGGAGGCGCUCUCAAGCUGAUAACCUCCCUGAUGGGGAUGGUACAGAGGAGAGAGGCGCUGCUCAGCCACUACGGUGUUCAGAUUCCACCCAUAUUGAUGACACUAGUGACAGCUGCAGCACCUGCACCGACAGUACCUCCUCCGACAGUAGGGAGGAAAGAGAGACAAACUCCAGCACGUAGCCGAGGCAGAGCUAGGGGCAUCCGAGCCAAGAGCGGUCCUUCAGAGCCCAUUUUGAGUGAUGAUGAUGCAGAGAUGAGCGACUUUGAGGAGGGAGUGAGUUAGCAUUCAGAGUCAUCUGAGAGUGGAGAUGAUGAUGCCAAGGAGGGCACUGGAGCAAAGAGCGGAGAUGACGCCAGCUUGGGUUCUGGUUCAGAUUCAGAUAGCGACGCUGACAGAGACAGUGCCCCAAAGUCUUCUCCUCUGAGAAAAAGGACGAAGAGGGCCUAUCGAGCUUGAGACGACUAGCGCUGAUUUUUGUAUUUUUGUUUAGUUUCUUUUCUUUUAUAGCAUUAGCACAUUGUACCCUCAGACAGGUUUUAUUUGCUUUAAAAACUUGCACUCGCCUUUUCUAAAAACAGGCAUGAUC